CCACGUUUGGAUUCAUGCGCACUAUCCCCCCAUAUUAAAGCACAACUUGCUCUUACUGGCUUUACUUCCGUGGCCUGCAGUAAAAAGAAAUUUAAAAAAUAUUUAUCUUAAGGUUUUUACAUGGAUUUACAGUAUUUUAAUUAUGCACAGUGGUUUUUAAUCACUUGGCUUCUAGUAAGAAGAGGAUCUUACACCUCAGGGAGCAGCAGCUUGCAUGGGUCUGGGAGGGGCUCUUGGUUUCAAGGCCAGGGAAUCCUGGUGUGUUCAUGGCAACACCCGUAGCAACGUCAGCGUCACCUGGGCAACACAGGACACAGAAGACUGCCUGGUGAACUGGAAGCCAGCUCAGAACAGCUGUUGGAUUCUGAACAAAACUUCAGGAAACUUGUUUGCCCAUCGCAAAUAUGGCCAGUACACUAUGAACCAGGAAAUCACCAAGCUUACGGAAAAACCUCCAUUUGACCGAUCAAGUUCCCAGGAUUCUUUGGGUGAAGUAUCUAUGGAGGACUACUGGGCUGAAUUAGAAAAUAUCAAGAAAUCUAAUGAGAACAGACAAGGAGACCAGGAAGUGGUGGUUGUCAAAGAACCUGAUGAGGGAGAAUUGGAAGAAGAAUGGCUUAAGGAGGCUGGUUUGUCCAAUCUCUUUGGAGAGUCCACUGGAGACCCCCAAGAAAGCAUGGUGUUUUUAUCAACAUUGACCCGGACCCAGGCAGCAGCUGUUCAGAAACGGGUAGAGACGGUCUCCCAGACCUUGAGGAAAAAGAACAAACAGUACCAGGUUCCUGACGUCAGAGACAUAUUUGCUCAACAGAGAGGAGCUCCAGAUGGCGCUGAAUCACAGUCAGACAGAACAAAUGAAAACAAAUACGAAGGAAAAGAUGACCAGGUACCUAGUCUAGUUGCUGGUGAAAAAGAGCUGAUUCCACUGGUGAUGGAGGAGGCACCUACCCCUGAAACAGAUAUCAACCUGGAGGUAUCAUUCGCAGAGCAAGCCGUUAAUCAGAAAGAUUGCUCCAAGGACAAGACUCAGAAGAGCAGAGGCAACGAUGCCCCAUUACCUAAUUUCAGAUUGCCGAAAGACAAAACAGGCACCACGAGGAUUGGUGACCUAGCACCCCAGGACAUGAAGAAGGUUUGCCAUUUAGCCCUCAUAGAGCUGACUGCCCUCUAUGAUGUACUGGGUAUUGAACUGAAACAACAAAAAGCUGUAAAAAUCAAAACAAGAGAUUCUGGCCUUUUUUGUGUUCCAUUGACAGUAUUGUUAGAACAAGAUCAGAGGAAAGUACCAGGAACUCGAAUACCUUUGAUAUUUCAAAAACUGAUUUCUCGAAUUGAGGAGGGGAGUUUGGAAACGGAAGGCCUCUUAAGGAUACCUGGAGCUGCUUUUAGAAUUAAGAAUCUUUGCCAAGAACUAGAAGCAAAGUUUUAUGAAGGGACUUUUAAUUGGGAAAGUGUCAAGCAGCAUGAUGCAUCCAGCUUGCUCAAGCUCUUCAUCAGGGAGCUGCCCCAGCCGCUGCUUAGUGUCGAGUAUCUCAAAGCCUUUCAGGGUGUCCAGAAUCUUCCAAGCAAGAAGCAGCAGCUACAGGCUUUGAACCUUCUCGUCAUCCUCCUGCCUGGUGCAAACAGAGACACACUGAAGGCCCUGCUUGAAUUUCUCCAAAGAGUAAUAGACAAUAAAGAGAAAAAUAAGAUGACAGUCAUGAAUGUAGCAAUGGUCAUGGCCCCGAAUCUCUUUAUGUCUCACACGUUGGGUUUGAAGUCCACGGAACAGAGAGAAUUUGUAAUGGCAGCUGGGACAGCUAAUAUCAUGCAUUUAUUGAUUAAGUAUCAAAACCUUCUGUGGACAAUUCCCAAGUUUAUUGUCAACCAAGUGAGGAAGCAAAACACUGAAAAUCAGAAAAAAGAUAAAAAAGCCAUGAAGAAAUUGCUGAAGAAAAUGGCUUAUGACCGAGAAAAAUAUGAGAAACAAGAUAAGAGUACAAAUGAUGCUGACGUUCCUCAGGGAGUGAUUCGAGUGCAAGCUCCCCAUCUUUCGAAAGUUUCCAUGGCAAUACAGCUAACUGAAGAACUAAAAGCCAGUGAUGUACUUGCCAGGUUUCUCAGCCAAGAAAGUGGGAUUACCCAGACUCUCAAGAAAGGGGAAGUUUUUUUGUAUGAAGUUGGAGGAAAUAUUGGUACUGGGAAUCAAGAUUUCUUACUUAGGGGAGCGCUGCCUCGAUGAUAACACAUACAUGAAGGACUUGUAUCAGCUCAACCCAAAUGCUGAGUGGGUCAUAAAGUCAAAGCCAUCAUAGAAGACUGAAGCUGCAGACCACCACCAGGACUCCUAGGAAUACUUGCUGGGUCAAGAGUGUGCAUAGGAGACUGGCAGGACUCUCUUAUUGUUUCAGUGUACCCAACUCUUGAAUAAUGAUAUUCUCAAGCUUUAAAAAGUUAAUAGAUUUGUGCUGUUGCCAGAAUUAUGUUAAUUGUUAUUAAUAUUAUGAGGGCACAAAUAUCUCUGGAGUGAGAGGAAAGGGGCUUAAUUAGCUUGCAAGCAAUUUUAAUCUGUGAAAUGUGCUCAGAUGUGACCGUUUUUUUUUAAUAUGAAAAUAAUACUCUUCCUUCUCACUUAUUUCUCCUAAAAUCAUAUAUUCAGUAAUACCUGCUUUCCCACCUUUCUCUCCUCCUCACAUCUGCCUUCCCCUAGUUAGGACUGUGUUUUCACUAAAAAGAUAACAGAUAUCAGGUGUAUAUAACAAGUUGUGAAGACAGUACAUCUUAAAAGAGACCGAGAGCAACAGUAUUCAAAUGUUCAUAUUCAUCUCUUUGAAUCAUUUGUUCAAACAGUAACAUCUCGCUUCUUCCUGCCAUAUCACAUGAAAUGAUUUGCAUAUUUUUCAGUUCAUCUGACGUGUGUGCACAGAACUGUAUCUACCAUCAUGAAAAUAGAACUGUCAGAAACUGUCAAUUAUUACUGAACCAUUAAAUAUGUAUAUACUAAGAAUAAAUAAAAGAUACCCAAGUGGAAUAACUGGAUUAUGGAUAACAAGAGAGUGAAAGCCAAAUCACUUCAUGUAUGCUGUACUCUUCUAAAUGAAAUUUAAAAAGUCAUAGCUCGCUUUAUGGACUGUCAUAUCAGCAGUAUAAAUAUGCAUGGUAGCAUGAUCCAGUAAUCAUGGAGAAUGUAUUCUACUGAAAGGGGAAUUUUUUGCUUGCUCCUAAAUAAGUGUGCAGGAGGAAUUAUUUUACUGGGUAUGACACAGUCAUAUGAACAGGCUUUUGUUUGUGUACUUUAAAUAAUCAGAGUAAAUUUAUUGACAUGCUGUUGAAAGAACUAUUCCCAGGGAUUUUUAUGCACAAACCAUAUUGUGACAAGAGAUGAGCCUCUGUACUGUAAAUAAGAGGAAUGAAGUGAGAGAGAAAUGUUUAAUAUUUUAUGAGUUUAGAGUAUAGUAAAUAAAAGGUGAUGUAAAUGAAUGUUGCAUAAACUGCAUUUAUGAUACUUGUAGUGUAGUACUUUAGGAAAAAUUACACACUCUCAGAAGCUCUUGAUGUCACUCCAAUUAGGAGAGAAAAUGCUGUUAAUGAGGACAGCCAUACAUUUUUAACUUAUAAUUACAAGAGCAGCCUGUGGAUAUAAUCAUUGAAUAACUUCGUGAUGAUUUGUGCCAUUGCUUUUUUUAUUUUAAAAAUGUUUUAUAAUUAAAUGCAUUUUUUCUAAAUUAUCUUCUCUUGGAAUUAUUAUUUUUAAUCAUAUAUGUUCAUGAGUGUACUAAUAGACUAUUUCUGUUUUUGUUAAAAGCCACUUCUACUCUUUCAUUACUCUUUUUCUGCUCCUGUGUAAUUUUAAAGUGAAAAAGUGUAGGACUAUAAACUUGUUUCCUUCCUUAGUAUUGUUUUUUUCCUUAUGCAAAUUUCUAUUUUUUAUGAUUUUUUUCAAAACUGUUUAUUUUGACAAUAUGUAUUAAUUUCCCAGUUAGAAAAUUAUUAAUGGUUUAAUUUAGUGAAAAGAAGUUAU